AUGGCUGAAAACCGGAUGAAAGGUGCUGUUAUCGAAACGAGCUGGAUGGCAAAGGCCGAGGCGGUGGCCUAUUCCUUGCUGUUUAGCAUGGUAACCGACAACGAAGUUCAUAAUGGACUCGCGACGGCAAUCACAUUUUUCGAAGAUAUGCAGCUUAUCUCGUUCGCCUUCGAGCACCACUUUUUCUCGCAUAUGCCUGAUUGGGCUAAAUAUGUCACAAAUCCUCUGAGCUAUCGCCCGGGAGCUCAUGAAGCAUUCGAGAUCCUGCUUGCGAUUGUGAUAGGAAUUGUUGCUGUCACUAUCCUCUCGGCGGCCCAGGUCGCUCGGUCAUUUGGCAAUGGAGAGUUCACCGGAGUGUCUCUUUACGCGUUGAAGACCAUACGGAUCGUCACGGUUCUCUCUGGGACGGUUUUGUUCAUCCCGUUCUUGGAGAUCCUGCUUGUAGCCGUCUCCUGCUCAAAAGGAACUUUGAAGGCAUACCCAGAAGUACAAUGUUUUUCGGGGAGCACAGGAGCGCAAACCGUCUUGGCCAUCUUCUGUCUGCUGUUUUUCGUCCCGUACAAUUUGGUCAUGUCAUUGAUAUAUGUUAGAAUCACACCCAAGCCGGGUUCCGAAGAUGCGCGAGUUCCGAUAGGAAGAGUCGAUUUUACGUAUGCCCUCGCUCGAGUGCUACUCUGUCACAUUUUCAUCGUUCCCGAAGGAAAGGAUGACGUGAAGGCCAUCGUUCUCGUACCCGUCACGUUAUUCAUGACGUUCCAAGUCGUGAGGUUUCAGCCUUUCUACAGCUCCAUGCACAACGAGCUCCGAGCCGGCCUAUUCUGCGCUGCUUUCUUUGCCUCCAUCAUCAGCUUCAUCUCGACUGUUGGCAAUGUCGACAGUUUAGCGAUGCCGGUUCUCAGUAUCAUCGCGGUCGUUGCUGGAGCGGUUGCCGGAGUGUUCACCUGCCGGAAGGUGUUCGAAAACACCGUCAACCGAGUGUACGAUCGGAUUAAGUUGAAACGUCAACAAACCGAGAAGGGGUUGAAUGGGAAGUUGGAAAAAAUGGAAUCAGGAGUAAAUCCUGAGAUCCGGAAGACGGGCGCUUUGAGCGGCGGAUCAGAGGACUUGAAGGAUCGGGAGGAAACAUUUGAGGAAGGCAUAUUCGACAACAUUGGCAAGAUCGCUAAGACGCAAACGGUGCCUGAGCCCAUCGCAGUGUUUCGCCAUGUAGGCGAAGUAGAGCUUGCUUGUCGUUUUGUCCGAAAGAAUCGCUCAAAGGAAGCCCUCUACGUGAUGGAAGAGAUAUUCAACGAAGGAUUCGAUCAGUUUCCGGAAAACUCUAUGCUUCGCCUGGUAUAUGCCGAGUACCUUGAGGCCUUUACCGACUCGAGCGUGGGAGAAGAUGCGGUACACAUCAUCGCUGAAGCCAAAAUCCUCCAUCCCUCCUUCGAUGCCCGGUUCUUCAUUUUCAUGCAGGACAGAUUGCUCGAGCAGAGUAAGAAGGCCGAGGGUUUGAAUUCAUCAACCAUGAAUAUUUCCUCAUUUGUAGAGUUCCAAACGAUGUCCAAUGGCGCUCGCCGUGAUCACUUGGCCACACUGAUUGAGAUCAAAAAUUUUCUAUCACAUGUCCGAAGUGGACAGCGAGGGAGAGAUCCGAAGACGUAUCCAAUUUUCCUACAGCGGAUCAGUGAAGCCGAGCAACGGGCUACAGCCUACUAUAAGAAGCUGAUCGGACGUUGGCCAAAGAGUAAGGAGCUUCUCCGAAUGUAUGCCUCCUUUUUGUUACAAGUCAAGAAUGACAAGGACAGCGCUGCCAGGUUGAUGGCCAUAGCUGAUGAUAUCGAGGAAAUUGAGUCUCGCCAGGGCACCUCGUACUUGAUGGCUACGAGGAACUCGGCACGUUCUGGCCGAAGAGGCAGCAACGUGCCCAGCAACAUGCCCUCGCAAAUGGCCUCACAAAUGACGUCUGUAAGCAAUGUCGCCGGACGCCUAGGGCAAGGAAAUACGGAACUUCCCACAUCGAAGGAGGUUACGCGGAAACUCUCCACAGUAUUCGGCGAGAGCGUCGCUGCAGAUGCAUCGGAUGAUGAGGUUGCCGUGAUAGGGCUCCCUUCGAAAUUGAGAUCUAUGUUUCCUGAGUCAGUCCAUGAAGGAUCGGAAUCGCAGCAAAUAAGGAAACGAUCUACUGCUUUCACUACCGAGGAAGGAAUAGCGCCAGAUAGGGAAGUGAUCGGGGCAAGAUUCGGAUCCCCCGGCUAUGAUAAUGACGCAGCGCCAAGAGUCGCUCAAUCGGACGGCGGCAGUUCCAAAGCUUCGGAGCGCGAAAUGAAGAAAAGGAUCACAAACCGCGGCCAACUUCAAUCGCGACUGAAAGCGCCCGUAAACUCUAUGGAUCGCCAUCAGCGGAUCGCGGCAGUCCUAUAUGUUAUGAUAGUGGUUGUUGCUUACGCCAUAGGUCACUGGAGCUUCAGCGAUGCAGAAUCGUCCAUUGGCGGGUUCGUCCGCGGCUCUCGUCUACCACACAUCAGCACGGUUCUGGCCCGGCACACGCGAGAAUUGGCCCGCAUCCCGGAUUUGGCGGCCAACAAUGUAACAGAGGCGCAUGCCGUAUAUGAUCAGACCACCUUCGUUUUCAAGGAUUACAUCAAGAAUAUAUCCCUCUUCUACAUCCCGUAUCUGGAAGCCUAUGUAGAUGAUGAGGAUAACAUUCCAAUCCGAGAAGCCACCUUUCCCGAAGUGUGGCGCCACGUAGUGAUGACGAACUCCUUGGGAAUGACGAAGCUCAUUUUCAUAUAUGGGCAGGAGCUCAUGAAGAACGACUACAACUGGUUUGCAUCGGGUCAAGCAGCCACGGAUAAUUACGCUCGAUUUUUUCUUGAUAAUGCUGGCGACUUCGGGCCUGCCUACAUGACGAUUAUCGAGGCGAUGGAGAACAAGUGGACGAGUGCGACGAUGCAAAAUACUUACAUUCUUUACGUCCUUCUCGCCCUUUGCGUUGUCUGCAUGCUGGGCUGGGGGAUACUGGUCUUAUGGCCGAUGGUCCGGCGGACAGAAGCAGAGCAGAUCAGAACGCUGAAAAUGUAUUUGCUGAUACCAAAGAAGACAUUGAUCAACAUCCUCACGGACUUUGAGGAACAGAUCGAAACCAUUUCAGAUGAAAUCUCCGACGAGGGCAUGCAAGCAUCCGGCUCCGAACCGGGGCUAGAAAAACGAAAAGGAUCGCAGCAAUACUCGUCGCGAGCGAUGGCUACGACCGACACAGAUAAGCUUACCAAGAAAAGCGCCACUCGGAAGUAUUACUUGAUGUAUGGAUUAGGGCUGGGCAUCAUGACGCUACCGGCUCUAGCGCUGCUGAUUGUGCCGAUCAUUCGGGCAAGUCUUUCCAUCAAAUAUGCGCAUACGAUGAACUAUAAUGGUGGAAGGCGCUAUUUUGCGCAGGCGACUUUGUUUUACGCAAAUGAAGCACUCAAGGUCGACAACGCAACUUGGCUGCCGUAUGAACCACUCAUGUGGUACCGAAACCGGGUCGAGCUCUUGGAAAAUCUGCACUGGAGGUCGAUCCGCGGCAUCGGUUGCAUCGCUCUGCCGACCAUCCCAGAACUGCACACCUUCCUGAGCAUAGAUGCCCCAUGCCAGCCGGCCUGCGGAAAUAAGACGGCCGGCCUCGAUACCCAAGUAGAGCUAUUCCUCAAUGCCGCGCAGAAUUUAGAGGGGCAUUUAAGGUCGGGACAGAUUGAGGAGGGCAUGGAUCAUUUGGAUUACAUGCGUGAAUUGAUGCCGAGUCUGGUUGAUAAUUUCAAUAACUUGGACAAGAAGUUUCAGACUAUUAUCUUGGACGGGAACGCGGAAGGAAAGCUGGGAAUGAACAUCAUAUUCGCCUUUUCUUUAAUAGGCCUCGUCGCCGUCUACUUCACCAUCUUCCAGAAAACGGUCAAAGUGCGGUUAGUGGAGAUGGACUCGGCCGUCACGCUGGUGUUUGCAAUGCCGGACUCAGUUGUGCAAGCGGUGCCGGAAAUCAAGCGGUUCAUCGAUUCUGGCGGGAUGUUCGCGGACGACGGUGCCGCGUCACGAUUGAAAUGA